AUGAAAGAAUCGUUACGUUUACGAUUAGACCAACUUUGUGAUCGACAUGAAGAGUUAGAAGCAUUAUUGGCAGAUGUCGAAGUCAUUUCAGACAAUAAGCGUUUUCGUAAUUUGUCCCGUGAGCAUAAUGAUUUAUCAGAAAUUACCGAUGUUUGGAAAAAGUACAAGCAAGCUGAAGAAGAUAUUGAAACAGCAGAAGCAAUGUUAACUGAUCCAGAUUUUAAGGAUAUGGCUGUUGAGGAAAUCAAAGAGAACAAAGCUUUAAUUGAACAACUUGAAGCUGAGUUGAAUAUUCUCAUGAUUCCUAAAGACCCAAAUGAUGCCAACUCGGCAUAUUUGGAAAUCCGCGCUGGUACAGGUGGUGAUGAAGCGGCGAUUUUCUCGGGUGACUUAUUCCGUAUGUAUAGUAAAUACGCUGAAACUCAAAACUGGCGUAUUGAGAUCUUAUCUGAAAAUGAAGGUGAGCAUGGCGGAUAUAAAGAGAUUAUCUGUCUAGUGAAUGGUGAAGGUGUUUACGGUCGCUUGAAGUUUGAAAGCGGGGCGCAUCGUGUACAACGUGUUCCAGCCACUGAGUCACAAGGUCGUGUGCAUACUUCGGCAUGUACUGUGGCAAUUCUUCCAGAAGUUGAUGUAGACACCACAGUAGAGAUUAAUGCUGCGGAUCUACGUAUUGAUACUUACCGUGCUUCUGGUGCGGGUGGUCAGCACAUUAACAAAACUGAUUCUGCUGUACGUAUUACCCAUCUUCCAACAGGUACUGUUGUGGAAUGUCAGGAUGAACGUUCACAGCAUAAAAACAAAGCAAAAGCGAUGGCGUUACUGGCUUCACGUUUAGAGAAUGCGAAACGUGCUGCAGCCGAUGCAGCAACAUCUGAAAUGCGCCGUGAUUUGGUAGGUUCAGGGGAUCGUUCGGAACGUAUCCGCACAUAUAACUAUCCACAAGGUCGUAUGACAGAUCACCAUGCAGUAAUGGAAGGUGAUUUGACUGAGCUACUUGACAGCUUACAUCGCGAAUAUCAAGCAGAUCAGUUGGCGAUGCUUGCACAACAAAAUGGUGGUUAA